AAUCAGUGGUUGCCGCUGCCCAAGCUUCACCCCGGGUGCCGCUGCCCAAGCUUCACCCCGGGUACCGCCGCACACGCAGUGAACCCUCUUGUUGAGCGUGUCGGAAGAACUCCGGGGCUGGAGUCAACCCUUUAGGAGUGGAGGGAAAAAGAGCGGAAAAAAGAAGUCUAGACUUCUGCUGAGAGCAAAGCUCUGCGCCCGCGCUGCGCGGCGGUGACGACAUUCCUCCGCGCCCGAAGCCGAGCGUUGUCAGCGCGGGGUGGCGGGCGCCUGCGCAGUGGCUCCGAGCGGGCGGUUGCUUGUUGGUUGUUGUAGUAACGGGGGAAGCAGCCGUCGGCGGCGGCGGUGAGCCCGGCUGGGGAAGGAGGAGGGAGGUAGGCGCAGAGCGCGGUCCCCGCCGGCCCGCCCGGAGCCAUGGGAAGAUGAGACAGGAAUCAGUGCCACCUAAAUUGUUUGAUCCAGUGAAUCUGCAGGGAAAGGUCUCUGAGGCCACCGUCUGCUGACUGCAUGACAAACCCUAAAGGAAAUGCCAGUCGUGAUGGCCCGGGACCUGGAAGAAACAGCAUCAUCCUCAGAGGAUGAGGAGGUGGUAAGCCAAGACUGUAGGGAUCAUCCGUGUAUCAUGUGGACUGGAGGCUGCCGGAGAAUUCCAGUUUUGGUGUUCCAUGCUGAGGCUAUUCUGACAAAGGACAACAAUAUUCGAGUAAUUGGAGGAACUGAAGAUUUGCUAACAUUUGCAAAGAAACUUCCUCUCAAUAUAAUUGGAGUCAAACAUCAAAGGUUUGCAACUGUGCGGUAUGAUCAAGGAGCCAAGAACAUUCGGAACCAGUUCAUGCACCUGACAAACUAUAGUGUGAAUAAGAAGAGUGGAGACUAUGUCAGCUGUGAUGAUCCAGAGGUGGAGGAUUAUGGGAACAAAUGGAGCAUGAGUGCCAUGCUUAGGUAUCUGAAACAGGAAGGCAGAGAUACAACUGCAUUGAUGGCCCAUGUGGAAGACCUGAUUAUUAAGACUAUAAUCUCUGCUGAACUAGCUAUUGCUACAGCCUGUAAAACCUUUGUUCCUCACCGCAGCAGUUGUUUUGAUGAAGUCAAGUAUCAGUUCUUUGGUGAAUUUUUUCCUAAGUAUUCCAGUCACAGCCCUCCCAGCCCCCAGCUUUCCAUUCAUAAUCUGCAGUGGUACCUGAUUGUCAUCUGGUCCUACCUCGAACACAAGACCUCCAUGAACUAUAUGCUGGCAACACGUCUCUUCCAGGACAGACUAGCUGCUGAUGGAGCACCAGAACUAAAAGUAGAGAGUAUGAAUUCAAAGGCCAAGCUGCAUGCUGCUCUCUAUGAGAGGAAGCUCCUGUCUUUGGAGGUGCGGAAACGUCGAAGACGCAGCAGCAGAUUGAGGGCAAUGAGGCCAAAAUACCCAGUGAUCACUCAGCCAGCUGAAAUGAAUGUUAAAACUGAGACAGAGAGCGAAGAAGAGGAAGAAGUCGCAUUAGACAAUGAAGAUGAAGAACAGGAGGCUUCCCAGGAGGAAUCUGCAGGGUCCCUUGGAGAAAAUCAAGCCAAAUACACCCCCUCAUUGACUGUUAUGGUAGAAAAUUCACCCAAAGAAAAUGCCAUGAAAGUUUCUGGAUGGAAUAAUAAAAGUGAACAGUGCUGCAAAAUUGAGACUCAGGAGCCAGAGCCUAAAUUUAACCUGAUGCAGAUUCUGCAAGAUAACGGCAAUCUUAGCAAAGUGCAGGCCCGAAUAGCAUUCUCUGCCUAUCUCCAGCAUGUUCAAAUUCGCCUGAUGAAGGACAGUGGAGGUCAAUCGUUCAGUGCCAGUUGGGCUGCCAAAGAGGAUGAACAGAUGGAGCUAGUGGUUCGCUUCCUUAAACGAGCGUCCAGUAACCUCCAGCACUCACUGAGGAUGGUAUUACCCAGUCGACGAUUGGCACUUCUGGAACGCAGAAGAAUCUUGGCCCACCAACUGGGUGAUUUUAUUAUUGUAUACAACAAGGAAACAGAACAGAUGGCUGAAAAGAAAUCGAAGAAGAAACUUGAAGAAGAAGAGGAAGAUGGGGUGAAUACAGAAAACUUUCAGGAGUUCAUCAGACAAGCAAGUGAGGCUGAACUGGAGGAGGUGUUGACUUUUUAUACCCAAAAAAACAAGUCUGCAAGUGUCUUCCUGGGGACUCACUCAAAAAGUUCUAAAAACAGCAACAGUUAUUCUGAUAGCGGGGCAAAGGGUGAUCACCCUGAGACGAUGGCCGAAGUGAAAAUAAAGCAGCCCAAACAGCAGCAGGCCACAGAAAUUCACUGUGAUAAAUUAUCUCGAUUUACCACUUCAGCAGACAAAGAGGCUAAAUUAGUCUAUACAAAUUCUUCCUCCGCUUCUUUCUCUGGUCCUGUUGUUACUCUUCUGCAGAAAAUUCCCAGUACCCACUUGUCAUCUAUUAUUACAACCUCUGACCUCUCAUCAGGGCCUGGCCACCAUUCUCCUUUCUCUCAGAUUCCUCCAGCUAUCCCCAGCAUGUCUCACCAGCCAGCAGGUUUACUGAGCACAGCCCCUGACAGUGCCUCUCCCUUCAUAAAUCCUGGGACACAGAACGCACCGAGCCCUGCUGGUCUGCCGCGCUGUCGAUCAGGCAGUUACACCAGUGGCCCUUUUUCCUCUUUCCAAAGGGCUGCCCACAUCUAUAGCCAGAAACUGUCUCGUCCCUCUUCAGCAAAGGCAGGUUCAUGCCAUCCGAACAAGCUACACUCGGGAAUGGCUAAACCACAAAGAGAGGGAGAAGAUGGUUCUCCGUACAGCCGACGGUAUAACCCAAGCAUGGUCACGGCCGAGCUCCAGCGGCUGGCUGAGAAGCAGGCAGCCAGGCAGUAUUCCCCAUCUACUCACAUCAGUCUCCUCACCCAGCAGGUAACAAACCUGAAUUUGGCAAGUGGCGUCAUAAACAGAAGCAGUGCUUCAACCCCCCCCACCCUUCGGCCUGUCAUCAGUCCUAGUGGCCCGACAUGGUCAAUACAGUCAGACCCCCAAGCUCCUGAGAGCCACUCCACCCCUCCUGGAAGCAGGAGCCUUCAAACAGGAGGCUUUGCCUGGGAGGGAGAGGUAGAAAACAACGCGUAUAGCAAGGCUACGGGGGUGGUCCCUCAGCACAAGUAUCACCCCACAGCGGGCAGUUACCAACUCCAUUUUGCCCUGCAGCAACUUGAACAACAAAAACUUCAGUCCCGGCAGCUUCUGGACCAGAGUCGAGCCCGGCACCAGCCAAGCUGCUUAUGUUUCAGAGGCUCCUCCACAGAAGGGCAGCUGAACGGACUCCAGAGCAGCUUUAACGCUGCGGCCUUUGCGCCCAUCACCAGCUCCGCAG